AAAUGUAGAUGUGGACAAGAUGAUGUAAACACGAGCACGAGGGACAAGCGAGGAGGUAGUUAACGUGUUGCGGGGACUGCAACUUUUUGUGCUCCAGGAGGCGGCUGUUUUACGUGAGCUGAGUCUUCUAACCUAAAGGCAAGAUGUCGCACUACAACUUCAAGAAGAUCACACCUGUCCCAACAGCAAAGGACUUUGUGGACAUAAUACUGUCCAAGACACAGCGUAAGACACCCACAGUUAUCCACAAGAACUUCAAGAUUUCCCGGAUCCGUCGCUUCUACAUGACUAAAGUGAAGUACACACAACAAAAUUUCCAUGACAGACUCACCACUAUUCUCUCAGAGUUCCCCAAGCUGGAGGACCUGCACCCUUUCUAUGCUGACCUGCUCAACACCCUGUACAACAAGGACCACUACAAGCUGUCCCUCGGCCAGAUUAACAUGGCAAGACACUUGGUAGACAAAGUGGCAAGCGAUUACACCAAGCUACUCAAGUAUGGCGACUCCCUCUACCGUUGUAAGCAGCUGAAGCGCAGUGCCCUGGGCCGCAUGGCAACCAUCAUGAAGAAGCAGGCACCGCCCCUCAAGUAUCUGGAGGAUGUCAGGCAGCACAUCUCCCGUCUGCCCUCCAUUGACCCCAACACUCGUACCCUGCUUGUCUGUGGCUGCCCCAAUGCAGGUAAAUCUUCCUUUAUGAACCUGGUGACCCGAGCAGAUGUGGAGGUGCAGCCAUAUGCCUUCACCACCAAGUCCCUGUACGUGGGUCAUACUGACUAUGAAUAUCUCCGCUGGCAGGUGAUUGACACUCCGGGAGUAUUGGACCGACCAUUUGACCAGAUGAACACUAUAGAGCUCCAGGCCAUCACUGCACUUGCACACAUUCGAGCUGCUAUCAUCUUCUUUCUGGACAUCUCAGAGACUUGUGGUCUUCCCAUGACACAGCAGCUCAAGAUCUAUGAAAGUAUAAAGCCUUUAUUCUCUAACAAGCCGUUGAUUGUGGCCUGCAACAAGGUGGAUGUCACCACACUGGAGGAACUAGAGCAAAACUUCCCUGAAAAGCGGGCUUUGGUGGCACAGCUGGAGCGUGAUGGAGUGCCAGUGAUGCAAAUGUCAACCCUGACACAGAAAGGUGUCAUGGAGAUCAAAAAGGAGGCAUGUGAUCGUCUCCUGGCGAUGCGUGUGGAUGCUAAAAUGCGCACCAAGAAAGCAGACUCUAUCUUAAAUCGUGUUCACGUUGCCAUGCCAGCUCCACGGGACCAGAAGGAACGGAUUCCCUUCAUUCCUGAGAGUGUACUGAAGGCCAAGGAGAAGAAAAAGGAGGCUGAGGCCAGUGGUGAGACUGAGACAGAGGAAGACCCUAUGGAGGUGACAAAGAAAAAACUGGAAAAGGAUAUAGAAGAGGAACUGCAAGAUGACUACUCCCUUGACCUGAACAAGAAUAAGGAUUUGGAGAAUGAUGAGUGGAAGUAUGACAAAAUCCCUCAGUUUUGGGAAGGCUACAAUGUGGCAGACUUUGUGGAUCCUGACAUUCUAAAGAAACUAGAAGAAUUGGAGGCAGAAGAGGAAGAGCGUGAGGCAAAUGGUUUCUACAAAUACGACAUUCAGGAGGAAGACGAUGCCAUGAAGGAGAUCCACCGUCUUGCCCAACAAAUUAGGGAGAAGAAGAUUAUCAAUGCUAUUAAUGCUAAAAUUGAUAAGCCUAAGGGCAAGGCAGUGAUGCCGCGUGCCACAAAGAAGAGGGAACGAGAACGCUCAGUGUCACGACUUCGAUCAGAGUUUGAAGACUUGGGUGUGGACAUGUCUGAUGUGCAGGGUUGCCACUUCACCAGGACGUGCAGCACCUCCCGUGCCCGUCCUCCUAUCAAGAAGGCUCGCUUGGACUCCGAGGGAAGGGUUCGUUCCAGCUCGAAGACUCCUCGUGAUCAGUCUGGCGUACGAGAUGUUAAGAUGGCUAAGAAGAUGAAGAAGAUCGGCAAGAAGGCACAGAGUAGUAUGAACAAGGAUGGCCGCAAGGGUGAAGGUGACCGUCAUGUAUAUGAUCUGAAGCCUAAACACCUGUUUUGUGGCAAAAGAGGUUUGGGAUCUGCCAACAGGAGAUAAGGUACCAGCCAUAGCCAUUGUUGGGGUAGUAUGUGCUGGAUAACUUAACUCUCCAGAUUCUUCAUGUUGAAGGUGUCUGGUUAACUAGCAAGGGAUGUUAGAUGAUAAAUUGCAUCUGUUGUGUUCCAAGAAGAUACUUCUGGGAUAAUGUAUCAGUAGACUCUGUAAAACUUAACUUCUGUAAUUAUUUGUAGAAAUUAACAUUCGUAUUAUAUGAGAAUGAUGGUCUGACAGAAAAGGAUAAGAUACGUUGUUGGCCUCCUCUUCUACCUUGUGGCAACUAUUGAGAUAUGGUGUGUAUGGUGGUCAUGCUUAAGUAAUGGGGAUAUUUUGACCAUGCCUUGUUUCCGGUGGUUUAGAGGACAACUGGCCAAAAAUGGUUGGUAGAAGAAAGGCCUAUUCAGUGCCAGUCAUGGAAAUUAAGCAGUGUCACUUAUCCUUCUCUGGCAGUGUGCUGUUCGAACAAUAUGUGGCUCAUUUCAGUGAUAAACUUAUGUUCUUUGACUUUGUUUCUCUUCUAAAUUGUUUCAUUCUAUUACUCUGUUUGGGGAUGUUAUGGGGAGUUGUGUAAAUGGUGGGUUGAUGUUUGGAGAUUCUUGUCAUGAUCACCGUUUUGAUGCAUUUUGAUAAAGAUUGAAUUGAUAUUGAAUGCAUCAGUCAUAUUUGUUUGUUUAUUUGUUUGUUUAUCCAUUAUUAUUAUCAUUAUUAUUGUUAUUAUUUACUCACUUUUUAUUUAUUUAUUAAUUUUUUCCUAGUAAAAUUGAGAUGAAAUGGAAGAGUUGAGGGUGAACAUCUAUCUGUUGGUGCUAUUUGAGACAUCUUCUAAACACUAGAAAUGUUUGAGGAUCAAGUGGUAUUGUGGUUGCACCCAUGUGGUACAAACAUCUCUUGCUCCUGAGCAUCACAUUUUAGAUAUUGAAAUACUGUUACAUCAGUAAUUUCUUACUGAUAAUAGUCUCUAAAUCUAAAUAAACACCAGAGUGCAUA